UUUUGCCAGCCUGGAGGAUGGCAGCUUUCAAAAGAGAGAAAACAGCCAACGUUCUUUGUGGUGGUUUUGACUGAUAUAGACUCAGAGAGGCACUACUGUUCCUGCUUAACUUUCUAUGAAGCAGAGAUUAACCUGCAGGGAACAAAAGAAAUUGAAGGUGAAGAGGAGUCUGGUUUAAUUCCGCCUGCAGAAGUAUUUGCUCCUAAAAGUCUGGUGUUGGUGUCCAGACUAGAUUAUCCAGAAAUUUUCAGGGCUUGCCUUGGCCUGAUCUAUACUGUGUAUGUGGACAGCCUGAACGUAUCACUGGAGACUCUCAUUGCAAAUCUGUGUUCAUGCCUUGUCCCUGCUUCUGGAGGGUCUCAGAAAUUGUUUUCUUUGGGAGCUGGAGACCGACAACUGAUACAGACUCCUCUACAUGAUAGCCUUCCUGUUACAGGCACCAGUGUGGCUCUUCUCUUUCAGCAACUAGGCAUCCAAAAUGUACUCAGCUUAUUCUGUGCCGUGCUUACAGAAAAUAAGGUUCUCUUUCAUUCUGCAAGUUUUCAGAGGCUCAGUGAUGCCUGUAGGGCUCUGGAGUCUUUGAUGUUUCCCCUCAAAUAUAGUUAUCCCUAUAUUCCAAUUCUUCCUGCACAGCUAUUGGAAGUUCUCAGCUCACCAACACCUUUCAUAAUUGGCGUACAUUCUGUCUUUCGCAAUGACAUUCAUGAGCUUUUAGAUGUAAUCAUAGCAGACCUGGAUGGAGGCACAAUUAAAAUUCCUGAAUGUAUUCAUCUUUCUCAGCUGCCAGAGCCACUGCUGCAUCAGACUCAAAUGGCGCUUUCUUUAGUUUUGCAUCCUGAUUUGGAAAUGGCAGAUUAUGCAUUCCCUCCCCCACGAACAGCUUUAUCACACUCAAAAAUGCUGGAUAAAGAAGUGCGAGCAAUCUUCCUUAGGCUAUUUGCACAACUUUUCCAAGGAUACCGGUCAUGUCUUCAGCUGAUCAGAAUUCAUGCUGAACCAGUAAUUCAUUUCCAUAAGGCAGCCUUCUUGGGGCAGCGAGGGUUAAUUGAGAAUGACUUUCUAACCAAAGUUCUCAAUGGAAUGGCAUUUGCUGGUUUUGUGUCAGAGAGGGGUCCUCCUUUCAGAGCCUGUGAUCUUUUUGAUGAGUUGGUAGCCUUUGAAGUUGAAAGAAUUAAAGCUGAGGAAGGUAAUCCACCAAAAAUGAUAAAGCAUGUUAGAGAACUUGCAGAACAGCUCUUCAAAAACGAGAAUCCCAAUCCCCACAUAGCAUUCCAGAAAGUGCCGCGGCCCACGGAGGGCUCCCACUUGCGGGUUCACAUCCUCCCUUUUCCCCGGAUCAAUGAGUCCCGGGUGCAGGAGCUCCUCCAGGAAGGUCUUGCAAGGAGUCAGGGUGCCCCCGCUGCCACCCGGGGGGACAAGAAGUGCGUCGUUCCAGCAGGUCCCCCUGUUGUUUCCAUAAUGGAAAAAGGAAGCACAGUUUUCAACAGUGCACAAAGGCUGGAAGUUGUUAGAAACUGCAUCUCGUUCAUUUUUGAAAACAAAUUUUUGGAGACGGAAAAGACCCUGCCUGCAGCUCUGAGAGCCCUAAAAGGAAAGGCAGCUCGGCACUGCCUGACACAGGAAUUAGGCCUGCAUGUUAAACAGAAUCGAGCAAUACUAGACCAUCAGCAGUUUGACUACAUUGUGCGAAUGAUGAACUGCGCUUUGCAG